CACGCUCUGCCGGAGUUGGCGGGUACGAGGGAGGCGCUGGAUGGCUUUUGUCUGUAGCUUUACGCAAAAACGAGAAGAGUGUCCUUUUAAAAUAGAUUUUACAAGCUGAUAUUUACAUAAGAUAAGCACAAUUUUUUUUGGAUAAAACAUUGGUAUCCUACUGCUUUUCAUUUGAUAAAAUUAACUACAUUUCCGACAAUUCAUUCAUUAGAGUCAAUUCUCUGUAAAGCUCUGUUGACAAGGAACCCGCUGGUUCCACUGCCUUCUCCCAGCCCGAAAAUGAGCGAGCCUACCACUGCAGCUACAGAACCCCCUAGUGAUGUGACCCCCAGUGUUACUACUACUACUGGUGUUACCACUGAAGGUGUAGAUCAACUUUCUUCUAAUGCAAACGAGCCCCCCAAGGAAGAGGUAAAGUUGGCGGCAACAGCAGGGAAGAAGCAGACCAAGAAGAAGGUGGAGGAGGUGGUAGAGGAAGAAGAGGAGGAAUAUGUGGUGGAGAAGGUGCUGGACCGACGGGUGGUAAAGGGACGUGUGGAGUUUCUGCUCAAAUGGAAAGGCUUCUCAGAUGAGGACAAUACAUGGGAACCGCAGGACAACCUGGAUUGCCCUGACCUGAUUGCUGAGUACAUGCAGAAUCAUCAUAACAAAAAAGAAAGUUACAAGAAAGAGUCUGGUGGCAAGAGGAAAGCUGGCGAAUCUGACACAGAGGCAGGGGGUGAAGAAGGCAGGCCCAAGAAGAGGAAAGAUGAGGCAGAGAAGCCCAGAGGCUUUGCUCGUGGACUUGACCCCGAACGGAUCAUUGGAGCCACAGACUCCAGUGGAGAGCUGAUGUUCCUCAUGAAAUGGAAGAACAGUGAUGAGGCGGACCUGGUGCCGGCCAAGGAGGCCAACAUUAAAUGUCCACAGGUGGUCAUCUCCUUCUACGAGGAGCGUCUGACAUGGCACUCCUACCCCACCGAGGAGGAAGAGAAGAAGGAUGAGAAGAACUAGCCACAGCAAUGCAACCAACAUAAGCCAGUAAUUCAAGUGUCAAAUCUCUCCCAAGAGGAAUACAGAGGUAAAUGUAGUGUCUAUGCCAGGGCUCUCCAAACCUGUUCCUGGAGAGCUACGGUCCUUUAGGUUUUCGCUACAACCCUAAUCUAGUGCACCUGAUUCUAAUAAUUAGCUGGUUGAUAAGCAGAAUCGGGUAAAUUAAAACGGGGGUUGAAGAGAACCUAUAGGAGAGUAGCUCUCCAGGAACAGGGUUGGAGAGGCCUGGUUUAUGCACAUGCACCUCUGUUUUACUAAACCCGUGUUUUAAAUAAAGAUGAUGGGCCCCUAGGUAUAGUCGAUAUUGUGAUUCAAAGUAAAUACAAUGGUUUUAAGGUGGUCUGUUUAUAGUAUAAAGUAAAUAUAUCCAAAGUGUUGGCAGCCAUGUGAAUGUAGAUCAAUUUAGCAACUUAUCCAUCUCACACAACUGACAAACUGAUUAUGGCCCUUCUGCCCAGGAAAUCGCAAGACCAGAUCAAGACGACUUCUCCAACUAAGCUAAUUCUACUUUCAGACUUUACUUUUUAGCUCUGAUGUUAAUUCUCGCUGUGUCUGGACCUGUUAUAUUAAAAUGAGCUGCCAAUUAAAGAUCUGACACACCUCACAGAGGUGGGUGGGUUAUAUUCAAGUUUGGUUUGUGGGGCUUCAUGUCCCCCUGGCUUAAUUGCAGAAUUGUUCACUGCUCUACUGCGUCUGAAUAUCCCUCUUCUGGCAUCUUUCAAAUCCUAAAUCGUUAAGUAAUUGAUUUAGUCGAUUCAUCACAGCUAACAAUAGCUUGAAUUAAAAAGUGUUACACGAUUUAACUGAUUAAUCGUGACUAACAUUUAAAUGUUGAGGUACUGAAGACUGCCACCAGUACCAGGGGUUUUACAGCCCUGGUUAUAGAGCCUGUUGCCUUGAAUUGAUUUUGAAUUGGCAUUUUACUGCUCAUUUUAACAUGACAAGUCUAAGAGUGCUGUAUAUCUUUUCUAAUAUACCAGACCGGAAUAUGUCUAUAUAUAUACAGUAUAUCCUAGUCAAGUGGCUCAUAUGUAACCUUUUAGUUAUUUUGUCUUUGACUCUUUCUCGUGUCUACUGAAGAUACAUCUCUUGUUGCAUGUUUCUUGCUUUCAAUCAAUGUCACCAUUUGCAGUGGUUACUUUUACUUGUUUAAAUGUUUUUGGACAAUAAAUCUUUUUUUUAACAA